UCACUCGUCUUCUUCUUCGCAUAAACCUUAAAACCAUUUCCACGAUCUUCUUCUUCUUCUUCCCUCAAAUAUAGCUUAGGGUUUCUUAAUUUCCUCUACCCAAGCUCUCCAUGGCUGCUCGCAAUUUCUUCCUCUCUUCUUGAUUCUCUCAGGUAGGGGAGAUUUGAGUACUACUAGAUUAUUGGAUUUGGAUUUCAGCUAUUGGUAAAGAGGGAAAGAGAUGUGUUGAAUUGGUUGUGUUUGGUGGAGGAAAGAAGAAAUGAAUGUGAGCCAUGCAUCGGUUCAUCCGGUUGAAGAUCCUCCUGCUACGGAAGUUGAUAAUCCGCCGAGGGUGAGGAUGGAUGAUAUGGAAGGAAUGCCUGGAACUUUGCUUGGGCUUGCAUUGCGUUUUUUUCAGUUCUUGUUUGCAGCUGCUGCGCUUUGUGUCAUGGCUACUACUAGUGAUUUCCCUUCCGUUACCGCCUUCUGCUACCUAGUUGCAGCUACUGGUCUGCAGAGCUUGUGGAGUCUUGCACUAGCCAUGGUUGACGUCUAUGCCAUUAUGGUCAAACGUUCGCUACAGAACCGUCGACUUGUGAGCUUGUUUGCAAUUGGUGAUGGGGUGACAUCGACGCUGACUUUUGCAGCAGCUUGUGCAUCGGCAGGCAUAACGGUUCUGAUAGACAACGAUCUGAAUAGCUGCGCACAAAACCACUGUGUUCAGUUUGAAACAUCAACAGCAUUAGCUUUCAUAAGCUGGUUUGCUGCUUUGCCCUCUUUUCUCUUCAACUUCUGGUCUCUUGCAUCCCGUUGACAUGACACUGUUCCGCAAGAUGUGUUUUCAUGGUGUUUAUUUUCGGUGUAUAGUGACUGAUUUUUCUUCUUCUUUCUUGUUUUGGGUUUGGAACCAACUUUCUUCAAACCCAAUGCUUGGAAACUGGGAGUGGUUUUGUAGACGACCUUAUUCAUUUUGUUGUACAAUGACAAGAUUUGGUC